AUUAGUGAUAUAAGGAAACGCAGUCAAAAUUUUACUCCUGAAGAGAAGGAUAAAUAUAUGGCUAUGUAUAAAGAUACUAUAUUAAAUAAGAGAACUGAUGGGACUACAAAUGAAGCAAAAACAAAAGCUUGGUUCUCAGUUGCAGCUAGAUUCAACAGUUCUGCCACGACUCACAGAUCAAAAGAGUCUCUAUUAAGACUUUGGGAAAAAUUGAAAACAGAAGCUAAACUGUAUAAAAGUAAUUUGAGAAAAAAUUUCAAUAAAACAGGAGGAGGUCCUUGUAUUACCAAAAUUGAUCCCAUUUUGGAACAAGUGUGUAGUAUUAUGGGGCGGGCUUGUAGUGGCAUUUUAAAUAUAAAUGAUAGUGGUGCAGAUUUACAAUUGACAGUGAAUAUAGAAUAUGUAAUAAGUCUAUUGCCCACUGAUCUAAUAAACCCAGUUGCAGCUAAUCCAACAGGACACAAAUUCAACAGCAGAUUUAGUGGAAACAGAAUUUCUAAUGAGUGAAGAGCCUUUACAUGA